AUGCCCAGAUUCACCUGCACAGAAGUAACCCCCCUCUGCCCCGUGUCUAAAACGACCCUGGGCUACUACCCCAACCUCGGCGCCAACGCCUUCUUCUGCGCCGGCUUCGCCGUCUGUGCUUUGUGGACUCUGACGGUCGGCGUGUGGAAACACACAUCUACAUAUAUGAUGAUUAUGAUUGCUGAUGACGAUGAUGCAGGCUACAUCGGCCGCAUAAUGCUGCACCACAACCCGUGGAGCAGCAACGGCUUCAAGAUCCAGAUCGUGUGCAUCAUCCUCGCGCCCACCCUCAUCUGCGCGGGCAUCUACCUGACGCUGAAACACGUCGCGCGCACCGUGGGGCCAGACCUCUCGCGGCUGAAACCGCGCUUCUACACCUGGCUCUUCAUCCCCUUUGACGUGUUUUGUCUGUGUCUGCAGGCCAUCGGCGGCGGGGUGGACGCUGCGGCGUCGUCGUCAGGUAACAUCAACGAAAACCAGCUCCGCGUAGGCAACGAUAUCAUCAUCGCGGGCAUUGUGCUGCAGGUCGUCAACCUAGCUGUUUUCGGGUUGCUGUCGGUGGAUUUUUUCUGGCGGGCAAAAUCCCACUUUCGCAGGAAUUCUUGCAGUUCGACUUCUCCCGGAGCGGAAAUCUGGCACUCGAAGCGGUUCCGCAUCUUCUGCACCGCUGUGACGGGUGCGUAUACGGGGAUUCUGAUCAGGUGUAUUUAUCGUAUCGCAGAAAUGUCCGGUGGAUGGGGCAACCCCGUCAUGCGCAACGAAGUCCUCUUCAUCGUACUUGAAGGAGUAAUGGUCCUCUACCCAGCCUUCAUCCUCACCAUCUUCGCUCCGGGAUUCUUCUUCCCUGAGAUGGCCAACAACAACAACACCAGCGCCAGCAACUACUCCUCCUCCAGCUCUAGUCGAAUCACCGCAGGCCCAGACGCAGAGGAGAAGGAGGAGAAAGAUGCCCCAGGUACGGUGACGGCCUGA